CUCUUUAAAAAGACAUAUAGAGGUCAAACAUUGCAUUGAUACAAAUUACAAGUGUACCAUGUGUGAGAAAGUUUUCAAAACUCAGGACCAUUUGAGUUAUCAUAUAAACACGAUUCAUUCGCAAAGACAGUAUAAAUGCGACCAAUGUCAAUCUACAUUCGCCUAUCCUAGCUACUUAAAACGGCACAUAAAAAUACAUACAGGCGAGAAACCAUAUGUCUGCGAGAUUUGCGGCAAAGCUUUCCUUAGAAAAUAUGACAAAGACAAACACAGUUUUAUACAUUGAGGUAAAAAACCGUAUGAGUGUUCGAUGUGUGACGAGUUUGAAUUUUUCAGUUUAAAUGUA